GUGUUUAACUCAAGUAAUGUCCUGCAAGAAAUCUCACCUGACGAUAAAAGUCAAAGCAGCAAAGAUUUGGAUCUCACCCAAGAUGAAAUACCUAUUGAGAGAGCACUUGGAGUCAACUGGUGCAUUGAAUCAGAUACCUUACGGUUCCGGAUUCAACUUAAAGACCAACCCCUAACCAGAAGAGGAUUGUUGUCGACUGUUAGUUCAAUAUUUGAUCCCCUCGGCCUGGUAUCGCCAUUCGUAUUGAUUGGUAAACGUAUCCUGCAACAACUUUGUCAAGAAGGUCAAGACUGGGAUCAAAGAAUACCAGAUUCUAUUCGUCCUACGUGGCAGAAAUGGAGAACAGAAAUAUUACUCCUACCAAGAUGUUGCAAGCCCCCAUACUUUGGUAGACCGGAAGUUAUAGAAGUUCACCAUUUUUCUGAUGCCUCUACUAAUGGAUAUGGCCAAUGUUCGUACCUUCGUCUUAUCAACAAGGAGAAUGAAGUCCAUUGUUCUUUGAUAUUGUCCAAGUCAAGAGUAUCCCCCCUCAAGCCUGUUACCAUUCCGAGAUUGGAAUUAACUGCGGCUGUAGUUUCAGUGAAGAUUAGCCAGAUUGUAUCUAAAGAACUUCAGUAUACAAGACCAGUAGCAGAAUACUUCCACACCGAUAGUCAAGUUGUAUUAGGCUACAUAAGAAAUGAAGCCCGUAGGUUUCACACUUUUGUUGCCAAUCGUGUACAAAGGAUUAGAGACCAUACAUCACCAGAUCAGUGGAGUUACGUUGAAUCUAAAAAUAAUCCAGCAGACGAUGCUUCACGAGGCCUUUGGGCUGCAGAACUAAUCAACAAUACCAGGUGGUGGAAUGGCCCAGAAUUUCUUUGGAAUCGUCAAGAAUCAACACAAGAAUCAAAUCAACAAUUCGAUAUCUCCCAAGAAGAUCCUGAAGUUAAGUCUGUAUCAACGAUGAAGACCUAAGUCAAUCUGUACCCAUCAAUCUUAGAACGACUAACCUACUUUUCCAGUUGGUACAAGGCAGCAAGAGCCAUAGCAGUCUGCUUACGAUUGCUUAACAAACACCAAGAAUCCAAACAUGACACCCAAGAACUUAUCCAAGAAACUCAAAUACAAGAAAUGCGAAAAACAGAUGAUAAAGACAAUGAAGAAACUAAAAGAACUCAAGAUAAUCAAGAAAGCCAAAGAACCAAAGAACAACAAGAAAACCAAGAUACACAAAAAAACAAGAACAAGAAACAAAAAAACAUACCAAAGAACAAAGGAACUCAAAGAACUCGAGGCAAACUCUAUUUGUAUGUACCUGUGAAUGCAGAAGAAAUCGAGAAUGCUGAAACCAAGAUUAUUAUGAUGUUCCAGAAACAGUAUUUUGACAAUGAAAUUAAGACUUUAAAAUCCAACGAGGAACAAGAAACAAAAGACAGCAAAUUAAACAAGUCAUCACUCUAUAGAUUAGACCCAUUCCUUGAUGGAAAGGGUAUACUUAGAGUCGGUGGGAGAAUCAAGCACGCCAAAGUUCCUGGUGUUGCCAAGCAUCCUAUCAUCAUACCCAAAAAAGGCCACGUAACUAAUUUGAUCAUUUGUCAUCAUCAUAAUAGAAUACAGCACCAAGGCAGAGGUAUUACUCAUCACGAAAUAAGGUCGGCUGGCUAUUGGAUAAUUGAUGGCAGUUCCUGCGUUAGUUACCACAUCUCCAAGUGUGUCAAGUGCAGAAAGUUACGAGGUAUCACCCAAAGUCAGAAGAUGGCAGACCUUCCGGAGGACCGGCUAGAACCAUCACCUCCCUUUAACUACUGCUCCAUUGACUUUUUUGGACCAUUCGUGGUAAAAGACCGAAGAUCAGCACUCAAAAGAUAUGGUGUGUUAUUUACUUGCAAUGUCUCCAGAGCUAUACACCUCGAGAUAGCCAAUGACAUGUCAGCAGAUUCCUUUAUAAACGCUUACAGAAGAUUUGUAGGUCGACGGGGUCCAAUUAGACAACUCCAAAGCGACCAAGGAAGUAAUUUCGUUGGUGCAAGAACUGAACUCAAGAUUGCAUUACAAGAGAUGAACCAAGAAAAAAUCAGACAAGAAUUAUUAAAGGAUGGCUGUGAUUGGUAUGAAAUCAGGAUGAAUGUUCCCUAUUCAAGUCACAUGGGAGGAGUGUGGGAGCGUCAGAUUCGAACGGUCCGAAGUAUCUUAUCAGCACUCAUGGACCAACACAGCUCUCAAUUAGACGAUGAGUGCCUUAGAAUGUUCAUGGUUGAAGCUGAAUCUAUCGUCAAUAAUCGUCCUUUCACAACGAUAUCAACCGAUCCAGAUCAACCUAUCACGCCAAAUCACAUUCUUACUUCAAAGACGAAGAUUCUCUUACCCCCUCCAGGUGUUUUCCAGCGCAAUGAUGUCUACCUUCGAAAGAGAUGGCGGAAAGUUCAAUAUAUUGCCAAUGAGUUUUGGAACUCAUGGAGAAAGAGUUACCUCCAUAAUCUCCAAGAACGCCAGAAAUGGUCAAGAAGUCAGAAGAAUCUACAAGUCAACGAUAUCGUAAUUAUCAAGUCUGACAAUGAACCAAGAAAUCACUGGCGCUUGGCUAGAAUCGAUGAAGUGUAUUCUGAAGAUGAUGGCUUAGUACGUAAAGUUAAGUUACAGAUGGCUGAUUCAUCAUUAGAUUGUUAUGGUAAAAGAGUUAAGCCAGUCCAGUAUCUUGAAAGACCUGUUCAUAAAUUGGUAUUACUGCUGAUGAAACUGAAGACCAAGGGAAUCCCCAUCGAGGAGCCUUGAUAGAACCAUUGGUGUAAAUGAAAGUGAAUUAAGACUGUUAUUUUAAAUAAGUUUAUUUCAAGAAAUAUCGAACAUUUUCAAAGUGAUAAAUCAUAGACAGUGAUUCAAAGUGAUCUCAAUGUUAUUUUCUUAAAGUUUUAAAGUGACAUUCAAAGACUUAAGUUUUUUAAAUGUUAUUUAAAGGACUCUCAGGUGACUUCUAGUGUAAAUUGUUACCUCAAUUUAGAGGAGCCAUGUAAGGAUUGUGGUUCACAUUCCAAAGCUAAUCUGUAUUUUAUUAUCUCCCUUUUUAGAAAUCGGGAGUUAUCUCCUUUGGUUACCUACUGUAGUUUCUGUAGUCAAUCCGUAUCUAUACAACAAGAUGGAAGGAUAGCACGCCAGAUAUAUAAAAGUAUACACUCCUAAGAAUUAUGGAGUCUGCCACAAAGUUUUACGUACUCAUAAUUACUUAUUAAUGUCACCCAACAACUACCGACUUCUCCAUUCAAAUUGUUAUAAUUAUUAUUUUUAACUCUGUCGAGGUUAAUAUAUUAUAAGCAUUAAAUAUUGGUUGUUGUUUGAUUUACCCAACCUGGUGAUGAGUUCAGAAAUAGAAAAACCGCUACAGACAACACGGCCGACCCGGGGAGCAAGAAAAAGAACAGAAGAUCGUAUCCAGUGUGCCAGAGUCCCACUGUUCCGCACUAUAUCCCAAGUAACAAGGUCCCCAGCCGUUAUACAUGUGGACGUAUAAUGCCGUCGCCCCUAUCCGUCCGUACGGAAGGUCCGUCCACAAUUGUUUGUGGACACUCUACAGGUCACAAUUCUUAUCCGAUUUUGACGAAUCUUGAAAUAUAGGUUUAUCUCCAACAGAUCUCGGUUGCUUUCGAUAUUGGCAUGUAUCGGACCGAAACUUCAUGGAUUAUGGCCCCUGAUUGUAUAAAAAAUUACGUUUUUAGCUUGUGGACCUUAGAUAUAAUAGAGGUCACAAUUUUUAUCAGAUUUUGUUGAAACUUGAAAUGUAAGUUUAUAACCCAAAGAUCUCAGUUUCUUUAGAUAUUCGCGCAUAUCGGAUCGUAACCUCCUGAAUUAUGGCCCCUGAUUGUACGAAAAAUCGCUUUUUGUUUAGCUUGUUCUCUAUCCAUCUCUUGCAAAAUGUGGGCGUAUCCUGCCUGGCAGCCGCUGGUUCUCCCAACACGUAAUUCUAUUCUGUUUUUUAUUUAAUACGACGGUUUGAUUCAAAGAGCAGAACAAUAUAUCUGAUUACCCUUCCUUUGCAGAUCACAUUUAUCUCGUUAACACCAUGUGUGGACGUAAUAGAGGUAAAGUGGCCUUGUUCUUAUGACACGUGGACAAUACGUGGGUGUUCAAAUAGAGUAUGACGACUAACAAUGGACUGCUUAUUCACGUCAUUGAUAAGAUUCCCACCAAACAAACUUCUAUUGUUCUACUACCAGAUAUUCAUCAUUAAUUAUCAACACUAAUCUGUUGACAACUAUGCAUACAACUCUAUAAAACCAAUCAUGAGAUUAUGUGGCUUCUAUAGACAUGUGCAUUGUUCUGUACAGACUGUAGAAUUUUAUUGUUACAUAGCGGAGGUCGUUCGUAGCCAUGUUUGAAAAUUGGGUUUUGAAAAAUAAGCCAUUUUUCCGGCGUGCAAAAUGACCGAUGGGGCAGAUAGAUCUUGUUUCAGUCAAUUUCAGUAGCCCUCGGUCUUGACUGGCAUAUACGGCUGUCAUGGAACACAUGUAAUAAAUGCAAUCAAUUAAAAAAAAAAAUGUCUUCAAAGUCUUUUCUUUAACCGUCUUUCACCAACUUUUUGACAACUUUAUAGUAUCUUAUCAGCGUCUACGGCAUACUUGGUCAAAAUAAUUGAGUUGAUAGUACUGCCUUGCUCAUCUCUCUCUAUACAAAUACAUUUCUGCUCUUUAACACUGAAUUCCAUCUUCUUUUGUCAUUGAGUCAAGUGGCGUGGUUUCUAUUUUCCAGUAGUAAAGAUUACUGUUUUUAUUUAUAUGUUGAUUUCUAUAUUUCUAUUUUUACACGAACUACAUAUUUUUAAAACCCUUUCUAUAUUCAAUAUUGAUAUUGUGAUUUUUAUCCAUUGUGUUAUGGUAUUUUUAUUGUAAAGCGCAUCUGAACAUGUUUAUCAUGAAAGGAGCGCUAUAUAAGUACAUGUAAUAAUAAUAAUAAUAAUGAUGAUCAAAAAGAUAAAAUUAGAGAAUGCAUCAGUUUGUCGCUGUGGCCUCUCUUCGAUCUCAUUUCAAUGCGUGCUGAUAUCGUACGUCAUCAUGCAGUGGACUUAUUCCAGAAAUAAGAGAUCGUUUUAUCUAACUCAUUACGGUAUAGGUACAGUACUAUACGCAUGAUUGAGAUGAAAGGAGGCGGGAGAAUAUCAUAUUAUGAUUGCCACUGUUGACAGACGAGAAGCUAUUGCCUUGAUAUUGUAUCAUUAUUUCCGCAUGAACCAUUCCGACAUAGAUAUUAUACAGGUG